CGAGAGCCGAGCAUAAGAAUACCACAAGUGUAGAAGCUAUAAAAAAACAACAUAGAUCGGAAAAGAAGAAAUGUCAUCGGAGAAACGAUCUUCAAGGCCGCCAUUAUCGGACACCCAGAACCUCUCUUGCCCACGUUGCCACUCCACCAACACCAAAUUCUGCUACUACAACAACUACAACCUCUCCCAGCCGCGCCAUUUCUGCAAGUCCUGCCGCCGUUACUGGACCCGCGGCGGAUCCAUCCGUAACGUCCCCGUCGGCGGCAGCCACAGGCGCCCCUCCGGUAAACGCUCCCGCGCCGCAACUUCCCCGACACGCUCUGUUCGCUCCCCUGUUCCUGCGGCUCUUGGAUUGCGUACCGGGUCGGGUCGCGACGUGAAUCUGAAUGAGACGGUGCCUGGGCCCGAGACCGCCGGGAGUUUCACAUCUCUGCUGAGCUCCACGGCGGUGGACAGCGGUAUUGAGUAUGUAUUUGGGUCGAAUGGGUUGGAUUACGGGUUCGGGCUCUGCGACUGGGCGGCGGAAGAUAUCGUCGGUGAAGCUGCUGGUGGAAGUUUCAUCGGAAGCGUGGCUGCUCCGAGUUGGAACGCGUGGCGGACCGGCGGCGGAGAGAUCGCUGAAGGCGGCCUAGCCGACGUCGGUGAUUGUUUAGGCUGGCCGGAACUCGCCAUUUCUGGACCCGAAAGGAAAUCUUGAAUCGGCUAAUGAAAAUAAUGGAAGGUUAAUUGUGUUGAACCAUGGAUAUGCGUAUGGUUUUGUUUCUUUAAUUACGUUUCACAUGUCUGGUUAAUUAACUGCUCAAAAUUUGUAGGGUACUUGGUAUAUCUCGAGUAAUAGAAAACAGUGGUUCUAAACUUCUAAUUACAGUGUUUUUAGCGCGUAGAUACUCAUCAAAAAGAGUCUUUGUUGAUCUAUCUCGAAGAAAUGCAGUAUUAUUGACUCGUCA